AUGUCCAAAGCCACCGCCGACUGGAAGCGCGUCGGCGACCGCUUCUACCGCUCCAUCCGCCUCUACACCGACGUCUUCGCCCCGGACCUCGAGCUCGAGAACUACAUCGUCGUCGGCGCUCCUUAUAGCGGUGCUGUAGCACUCUACCGCGAUGAAUCCAAGAUCUUCGCUCCGCGCGGCUCGCAGGCCGUUGGGACAAAAGCGACGAUCGAUCUAUACAGCUGCGCGGGCAGGUUGAUACGGCAGAUACCGAGGGAUCGAGGCGCGCUUGCUGCGGUCGGGUGGUCGGAAGACGAGAGGUUGCUGGUCGUGGGUCAAGACGGGGAGGUGAGGAGCUAUGCCGACUUGGGAACGGAUUUCACACCUUUCUCCCUCGGACACGAAGCAGAAGAAUACGGCGUCAAGAGCUGUCGUUUCUGGGGAACGGGCUUCGUGGCUUUGCUGGGGAACAACCGCUUCGUGGCCGUGACGCGCUACGAUGAGCCACGCCCGCAAGCUCUAGCGUCCGCGCCGCCGGGGGAGGUGAUUUCGUGGGCGGUCGUGCCGCCGGAGUAUACUUCCAGCCGCUCUGUGGAGGUUCUGCUCGCGGUGGGGAGGACGGUGCAUGUGGUCGAUGCGGCGGAGAGCGAGGAUCGCGGGUUGCAGGCUGGGCCGUUUCGGCAUAUUGCUGUGUCGCCUAACGGGAAGUUCAUCGCGCUGUACACGGAUGACGGGAAGGUGUGGGUCAUCAGCAGUGAUUUCCAGGAGCGGUUUAGUGAGUACGAUUCCCGUGUCAAGACGCCGCCGAAGGAUCUGCAGUGGUGUGGGAAUAAUGCUGUCGUGUUGGCGUGGGAGGACGAGAUUCAUCUUGUUGGGCCUAGUGGUUCGGCGACGAGUUUCGAGUACGAUGGUUUCGUGCAUUUGGUGCCGGAUGUGGAUGGAAUACGCGUGAUGACGAACGACGUCUGCGAUUUCUGGCAAAAGGUCCCCGAUGCUUGUGAAGAGGUCUGGAGACUGGGAUCCAGCAGUCCAGCGAGCGUGUUGGUGGAUGCGGUGGAGAUGUUGGAGAAGAAGAGUGCAAAGGCGGAUGAGAAUAUCCAACUCAUCCGUGGGAACUUGGACGAAGCGGUGAAUGUUUGUGUUAGGGCUGCGGGGCAGGAGUACAGCGUCCACCGCCAGAAACAGCUGCUCAAGGCGGCGAGUUUCGGGAAAUCGGUGCUGGAGCUGUAUAACAGCGACGACUAUGUGGAUAUGACGGAGGUGCUGCGCGUGUUGAACGCGGUGCGGUUUUAUGAGAUCGGCGUGCCGGUGUCGUAUGAUCAGUACAUCCGCCUUACGCCCGAACGACUGGUGCAGCGGUUGGUUAACAGGCAGGAGUAUCUGCUGGCGCUGAAGAUUUCGGAGUUCUUGAGACUGCCGGUGGAUAAGAUCUAUGUUGCUUGGGCGCGGCAGAAGGUGCGGUCGUCGAGUACGGAUGAGGAGAGUAUUUGCGAGGAGAUCGUGCGGAAGUUGAAUGGACAGCGCGGGAUCUCAUUUGAAGAGGUCGCGCACGCUGCUUAUGAAGACGGGCGCGGGAGCAUGGCGAUUCAGCUCUUGGAGCACGAACCGAGAGCCGGGAAACAAGUUCCUCUCCUCCUCUCGCUUGGUGAGGAAGGCGGCGCGCUGGACAAAGCGAUCGAUAGCGGCGACACGGACCUCAUCUUCUGGGUCCUCCUCAACCUCAAGAAGAAAAUGCCGCUCUCCACCUUCUUCCGCACAAUCAAUAGCCGCCCCGUCGCGAGCGCGAUCGUGGAGGCGAGUGCCAUCGAGCAGGACCAGGAGGUGCUGAAGGAUCUGUACUACCAAGACGACCGCCGCGUUGAUGGCUCGAACCUCCUCCUCUCUGAAGCUCUAUCCGCGAGCGACACCAACGGCUCAGCAGACAAGCUGAAGAUGGCCGCCAAGCUCCUCCGCGACAGCAAAGACCACGCCCCGCAAGUCGCUGCGCUAGAAGACGCGCAGAAGUUGUUGAAGUUCCAGGAGGCUUUCGAGCGGGACUUGCAGGGGGAGAGUUUUGUGGGGUUGAGUGUGAACGAGACGAUGGGGAAGUUGGUGCGGUUGGGGCAUGGGAAGAGGGGUAUGAAGGUGAAGGAGGAGUUUAAGGUGGGGGAGAAGGGGUGGGCGUGGGUGAGGUUGAGGGCGUUGGUGGGGAGGCGGGAGUGGAGGGAAUUGGAGGAGUUGAGUAAGGGGCGGAAGAGCGCGAUUGGGUGGGAGCCCUACUUCAACGAGAUCCUCGGAGCAGGAAACCCGAAAGUCGCCGCGCUGUUCAUCCCGAAGUGCACGAAUCUGGCUGUCAACGAGAGGAUUGAAAUGUGGUUGAAGUGUGGGUUGGUGAAGAAUGCGGCGGAGGAGGCGCUGAAGGCGAAGGAUCGGGAGAAGUUGGAGGAGUUGCGGGGGAAGGCGUCCGGGCAGGGGGUGGUGGAGGUGGAGAGGAUGAUUAAUUUGUUGGGGAGGGGGCGGUGA